UGUUUCUGUAAGAUACACAGUGAGGACACGUGCUGAUCAGAGCAGACAGGAAGACAGACGGACGGCCAGAGAGACGCUCUACCUGGACAUGGAUCACCUGUUGCUGCUGUUGCUGCUGAGCUCAGGACUCCAGGCUGAAGGAAGUAACAACCAAAAAGACCCUGUCAGGUUGGUGGGGGGAGACAGUCACUGUGCAGGAACACUGGAGCUGAAACAUGGAGGAAAAUGGAGACCAGUGAGUCAUGGUCCCCCUGACUGGACCCUGCAGGAAGCAGCUGCUUUCUGCAGAGAGCUGGACUGUGGUUCUGCUGUUUCUCUAAGAGUGAGAUAUGAGCCCUCAAGCAGACCUGUGUGGGGUAUCAGCCCUGACUGUGUUCAGUCUGGAUCUCUGAGAGAGUGUGCAAUAGGACUUUCCUCUAUCUCCAGUGUGAAUAUCACCUGCUCAGACUCUGUCAGGCUGGUGGAUGGGACCAGUCUGUGCUCAGGCAGACUGGAGGUGAAGUCUGACCAGUCUAACCAGAGCUGGUCCUCAGUGUGUGAAGCUGACUUUGACCAGCAGGAUGCAGAGGUGGUCUGCAGGGAGCUUGGCUGUGGGGCUCCAUCAGUCCUCCAGGGGGCGCUCUAUGGAGAAGUGGAGGCUCCAAUGUGGACCAAAGAGUUCCAGUGUGGAGGAAAUGAGUCUGCUCUCCUGGACUGUAGAAGCUCAGGCUCAGAUAGAAACACCUGCUCACCUGGCAGAGCUAUUGGACUCACCUGCUCAGAGCCUGUCAGGUUGGUGGGAGGAGACAGUCGCUGUGCAGGACCACUGGAGCUGAAACAUAAAGGAGAAUGGAGACCAGUGAGUACUGUUUACUCUGCCUGGAACCUCAAGGAAGCAGCUGUUGUCUGCAGAGAACUGGACUGUGGUUCUGCUGUUUCUGUAACAAGGAAAAAGAAUUCCACAUAUAGACAUGUGUGGAGCAUCCGCCAUGACUGUGUUCUCUCUGGAUCUCUGAGACAGUGUGCAGCAUCAGAUACGUCUGUAUACAGUUUGGAUAUCACCUGCUCAGACUCUGUCAGGCUGGUGAAUGGGACCAGUCUGUGCUCAGGCAGACUGGAGGUGAAGUCUGACCAGUCUAAGCAGAGCUGGUCCUCAGUGUGUGAAGCUGACUUUGACCAGCAGGAUGCAGAUGUGGUCUGCAGGGAGCUUGGCUGUGGGGCUCCAUCAGUCCUCCAGGGGGCGCUCUAUGGAGAAGUGGAGGCUCCAAUGUGGACCAAAGAGUUCCAGUGUGGAGGAGAUGAGUCUGCUCUCCUGGACUGUAGAAGCUCAGGCUCAGAUAGAAACACCUGCUCACCUGGCAGAGCUAUUGGACUCACCUGCUCAGAGCCUGUCAGUGUCAGGUUGGUCGGAGGAGACAGUCGCUGUGAAGGAACACUAGAACUGAAACAGGUAGAAUGGAGACAAGUGGGUCAUUACUGGAACCUGAAGACAGCAGCUGUUGUCUGCAGAGAGCUGGACUGUGGUUCUGCUGUUUCUGUAAGAAAAGAGGAGUACGCAGUCAGAUCGGUGUGGAAGAUGAACCCUGACUGUCUUCAGUCUGGAUCUCUGAGAGAGUGUGCAGCACCAGGUUACUCUGCCACCAUCUAUAAUCUCACCUGCUCAGACUCUGUCAGGCUGGUGGAUGGGACCAGUCUGUGCUCAGGCAGACUGGAGGUGAAGUCUGACCAGUCUAAGCAGAGCUGGUCUUCAGUGUGUGAAGCUGACUUUGACCAGCAGGAUGCAGAGGUGGUCUGCAGGGAGCUUGGCUGUGGGGCUCCAUCAGUCCUCCAGGGGGCGCUCUAUGGAGAAGGGGAGGCGCCAAUGUGGACCAAAGAGUUCCAGUGUGGAGGAAAUGAGUCUGCUCUCCUGGACUGUAGAAGCUCAGGCUCACAUAGAAACACCUGCUCACCUGGCAGAGCUGUUGGUCUCACCUGCUCAGAGCCUGUCAGAUUGGUGGGAGGAGACAGUCGCUGUGCAGGAACACUGGAGCUGAAACAUGAAGAAGAAUGGAGACCAGUGACAAACUCUCUCUGGACCCUGAAGACAGCAGCUGUUGCCUGCAGAGAGCUGGAUUGUGGUUCUGCUGUUUCUGUAAGCAAGAGAGUGGAGUUCCCAUACAGAUCUAUGUGGCGUACCAGCUCUGACUGUGUUCAGUCUGGAUCUCUAAGAGGGUGUGCAGAAACAGAUUACAAUCGCUUCUUCGUGAAUCUCACCUGCUCAGGCCUGCUGCUUCAGCCCAACAUCUCUGCAACCUCCUCCAUGGACGGGGUCUCCGAAGACAAGUGAAGAGGAAGGAGCUCAGGAAGCAGAGCUUCACCUGUAAAACAUUGACAUAUAUCAUCUCUUCUGUUUGACAGAUACACAUUCGCUGCCAUUUGCUGUUUGUUAUAAAAACAUAAAAUAAAAUGAUGUCCAAUGUUUUCACA